AGCCUCAGAAAUGGAGCCCUUGUAUCUUAGUGCCAGACUCUGUCAGGCAGGGAAUAAUGGGCACAAGUGAAGCCUGCGGAAAGGGAUUGCAAACAAGAGCUGUCUCAUGCAUCUCUGAUGAUAACCAGUCAGCAGAAAUGACAGAAUGCCUCAAGCAGUCAAAUGGCAUGCCUCCUCUUGUGCAAGAAUGCACGGUCCCGUGUCGAGAAGACUGUACCUUCACUGCUUGGUCCAAGUUUACACCCUGCUCCACAAAUUGUGAUACCAUUCAAAGUCGGCGGCGACAGCUCACAGGGAAAAGCAGAAAAAAGGAAAAAUGCCAGGAUGCUGACCUGUACCCUCUAGUGGAGAAGAAACCAUGUCCUUGUGAUGCCUUUUUAUCUCAAUCUUAUGGAAACUGGUCAAAUUGCAUUCUUCCAGAAGCCAGAAGAGAGCCUUCACGAGGACUGUGGGUACAGGGAGACAGCAAAGAAUGUGGAGAAGGUUUGCGUUUUCAAGCUGUAUCCUGCUCUGAUAAAAAUGGAAGACCUGUUGACCCAUCUCUCUGCAGCAGCUCUGGUUAUAUUCAAGAAGACUGUGUCAUCCCUUGUCCAUUUGAUUGCAAGUUAAGUGAUUGGUCUAGUUGGGGGUCUUGCAGUUCAUCUUGCGGAAUUGGAGUGAGAAUUCGAUCCAAAUGGCUAAAAGAAAAACCUUACAAUGGAGGUCGACCAUGUCCCAAACUGGAUCUCAAGAAUCAGGUGCACGAGGCUGUCCCAUGCUACAGUGAGUGCAAUCAGUAUUCUUGGGUUGUAGAACACUGGUCUUCAUGCAAAAUCAACAAUGAGCUGCGGUCCCUGCGCUGUGGAGGAGGAACACAAUCUAGGAAAAUCAGAUGUGUGAAUACUGCUGAUAGUCAAGGUGGAGCCGUGAAUAGCAGCCUGUGCAAUCAGGAUGAAGUUCCCCCAGAAACCCAGCCCUGUUCUCUCCUGUGUCCCAGUGAAUGUGUCAUGUCUGAAUGGGGACUUUGGAGCAAAUGUCCACAGUCAUGUGACCCCCACACAAUGCAGAGAAGAACUCGCCAUCUGCUGAGACCUUCGCUUAGCUCAAGGACGUGUGCUGAAGACUCACAGGUUCGGCCCUGCCUCCUCAAUGAAAAUUGCUUCCAGUUUCAGUACAAUCUAACAGAGUGGAGCACAUGCCAGCUGAGUGAAAACGCAACGUGUGGUCAAGGCGUCAGGACCCGCCUGCUGAGCUGUGUUCGCAGUGAUGGCAAGCCAGUCGGCAUGGACCAAUGCGAGCAGCAUAAUUUGGAGAAGCCCCAGAGAAUGAGCAUUCCCUGCCUGGUGGAAUGUGUGGUGAACUGUCAGCUCUCAGGGUGGACAACAUGGACAGGGUGUUCACAGACCUGUGGCCAUGGAGGUCAAAUGAGCCGGACUCGAUUUAUCAUUAUGCCAACCCAAGGAGAAGGACGGCCAUGUCCCACAGAGCUUACCCAGCAGAAAACCUGCCCAGUGACCCCCUGCUACAGCUGGGUCCUUGGCAACUGGUCUGCAUGUAAAUUGGAGGGUGGAGACUGUGGGGAAGGAAUCCAGGUCCGCAGCCUUUCCUGUGUGGUCCACAAUGGUUCACUAUCUCACGCAGCUGUACGUGUGGACGAUGUACUCUGUGGAGAAACACCCUUUCAGAACAGCAUCCUGAAGCAACUGUGUUCUGUGCCUUGUCCAGGAGACUGCCAUUUGACGGAAUGGUCAGAGUGGAGCACGUGUGAAUUAACCUGCAUCGAUGGAAGAAGUUUCGAGAGUAUGGGCCGCCAAUCUAGGUCAAGGACUUUUAUAAUUCAGUCUUUUGAGAACCAAGACAGCUGCCCCCAACAGGUUCUUGAAACACGCCCCUGUACAGGAGGCAAAUGUUAUCACUACACAUGGAAAGCAAGUCUUUGGAACAAUAAUGAACGAACUGUAUGGUGCCAACGUUCAGAUGGCAUUAAUGUCACAGGAGGCUGCUCCCCUCAGGCCCGUCCUGCUGCCGUUCGGCAGUGCAUUCCAGCCUGCAGAAAACCUUUCUCCUACUGUACACAGGGUGGAGUCUGUGGUUGUGAGAAGGGCUAUACAGAAAUAAUGAGAUCAAAUGGUUUCCUGGAUUACUGCAUGAAAGUCCCAGGCUCAGAGGAUAAAAAAGCAGAUGUGAAAAACCUUUCUGGGAAAAACAGACCUGUGAAUUCAAAAAUACAUGAUAUUUUUAAAGGAUGGUCUCUUCAACCACUUGAUCCAGAUGGCCGAGUAAAAAUGUGGGUUUAUGGCGUUUCAGGUGGCGGUUUUCUCAUCAUGAUUUUCCUAGUAUUUACUUCCUACCUUGUUUGCAAGAAGCCAAAACCACAUCAAAGCACACCUCCCCAACAGAAGCCUCUGACCUUAGCCUACGAUGGAGACUUAGACAUGUAACCUGAAAACGAAAUCCAAAUGUAGACAUCAACUGCCUUAACCGCUUUCUCUUUUGUAGCUCUCAGACUUCUCAGUUUUUUGAGGAAUCUCAUGAUGUGAUAUAUUGGGCAGAAUACAAAUAUUGCAAAAGUAAUAUUGCCUCAACUUCAUUUGGACAUGGAGUCAAGGAUUAUUAGGUCUGCCAUUUUGUUUUCAAGUUGUUUGUGGGUGUGUUUUAUUUUUUUGGUUUUCCCAAGGGACCUGAAAACCCUUCUCUUCCUGUUUGGAUCUGGGAAGAAGAAAAUAUGAUGGAAUUCCCACAGACUUGAGUAAACUUGAUCUUCAGCAGCAUUUUGACAAUCCAGAGGAAAGUCCAAUCAAGGCAUUUACUGUAAAUGACGAGUCUGACACUGCAUUGUUAUGCACUAUAUUAGUGCAAAGUCUCUAUUCUUCCCAUACUUCAACACUGAGUUUUCUAGAGUUUACAUUGGUUUAAAGACUUUCAAAUUGGAUUGCCUAUUUUCAUGAACACAGAGAGAAUGGAUUACCAUUUCAGAAAUUCUCUGAGUUUUUACCUUUAAAUAUUGUAUUUUGUUUUGUAGCCAGGGGAUGAUGGCUGAAUAUAAUAGAGUGUGUGAAGUUGCUGGAGUAGAUGAAAGCUAGGUGGUUUCUGAAUGAAAUGUGUCCUGGAUGGUAGAGUGUACAAAUGAAAUAGGUGGUUAUGUUGGAGGAUGAGGUAAAUAAUUUGGUUACUAAAAUUGUAUUUUAACAGAAACUUAGCCAUGUAGAUGUAGCAUUAAUCACACACACAGUUGUAAUUCAGUUUAAUGAUGACAAACUCUGCUUUUGUAAUUUCAAUUUUCUUAUCUGAAUAUUUAUAAAUUCUUUUUUUGAAUUUAAUUAUCUGACCUCAUUUAAUAUACAUCGAACACCAAUCCUGUUUGUAGUAAGUCUUGCUUUUAUAAGGUUUCAAUAAUAUCUAAAACAACACAUUAAAAAGCGGAGACCAUUUUAUGAUGAUAAUUGUUUGUAAUCGUAGGUGUUGAAAGUAAAAAGGUGCCAUCUUGUGGUAUUGACUUGUAUUUAUAACAAAUAAAGUGCUCAAGAG